GACUAAGAAGAAGGUGUCCACGCAGCGUUAGGCUCACGCGACGGCGUUCGCCGAAUCGUCCGUCCCUUAUUUUGCGAGCACAUCGCAGCUCCUUCCGCAAAAGACGGCCCCAUUAUUCUCCCGACUCCUUGCCUGACUCAAGUCAACUGCGUCGGCGAUGUUCACUUCCGGCGCCCCACAAACUACGCUUCAGAGCAGCGAACGCUACUACGGUGGCGAGUUGGCAAAGAAGACAUCCUCAAGGACGCAGGAUGCGCAGAGCCAAAGGCGAGAGCGGAGGUUCACUGAACUUCUCCAAUUCCUGAUGCCUGUCUACCUGCUGCCAUUUGUCUUCGGCAAUGCGGAAGGCGUAGGCAUCUACUGCGUCCUGAUGACCCUGGUGUGGCUCACGGGGAGCCUGCUGCCGCCUGCGGUCGCGGCCUUCCUGCCACUGGUCAUACUGCCGAUGGCGGGCAUCUACGCCGCGGACCAACUGGCCGCGGAAUUUAUCGGCCCCCGCGUUCUGGCUGCGUGGAUGAUGUUCGCCAUCGCCAUCGUGGGAGACGAGACGAGCGUGUUCGCGCGCGCCUGCCUCCACGCGCUGCAGCGAUUCGCGCUGCGCACGCAGCCGCUCUUCCUCAGCCUGCAGCUGGUGGUGCUGGCGCUGAGCCUGUUCCUGCCCAGCUCGCUCAUCGUCGUCUUCGGCACCGUCUUGAUCGAGCGGUUCUUCGCCAUCGUGCAGCGGGAGCUCGUCACGGUCGACCAGCGGAGCGGCCUGCGCGCGCUCACCAGCAGCUCGACGCAGAACUUCAUGCAGGACGUCCGGCGUCAGCGGCGGCAGCGUCGAGUGGCCGCCGGCGGUAACUACAGGCGAGCUCGCAGCGUGUCCAUGGCCAGCGACACGACGAUGGCCAGCGAGGGGUCGCGCAGCAGUUCGCUCGUGCGCCAGUACAAGCUUCACCCCGAGUGGCUCAAAGAACGGGGCUUCGAGGCGCAGAAAAAGGCCGUAAGGAAGCUGCCGCAGAAGACAUCGUUCGACCCGUUCGAGCACACGUCGGACGGCGUAGUGUUGGCCUGCAGGCUUCCGACUCGCACCAUACGCUCGUUCUCGCCGCAGAACAUGCCGCCGUCGUCCAUUCUCAAAGGGGGAAGCUCGAAAGGUAAAGAACCGGAACCUGAGACUCCGUCACAGCGCAAAGCAACCCCUACCACGACGGAUCCGGUGAAGUUCCCCAAUCCCGCAGCGGCGAUACCAAAGAACCGACAGUCGGAUUUGCGUACGAACGUCGUCCAUACAGUCAAACCGGCCGACAAAGUUUCGAGCGGAUUGUCAAGCACGCCGUCGUCCGAGCAUUCGAAGAAAGCGAAGUGCGAACCGGCAAAUAAGGCAUCGGUCACAUACGUGGACGACCCAGUCAUCGAACUCUCGGUGGUCGAGCAAACGACGAGACUUCCUGCAGACGAGACGUGGCGAGGUAGCGCACGUCCGGCCGAACUGGCGCCUACCGAAGACGACGUCCCUAUUUCGCCGGGCGACGAGUCGCCCGGAGAGAUGCAAUUUCAGCAGAUGCUGAGUGCGCUCCCGACGUCGACUACGCCGAUGACGCCGUCGACGUCCCCGUUCUCGCUGUCCGGCCGCAGCUCGGUGUCGUCGUCACCCCGCGCCGUCGUCGACGUGUGGAACACGGCGACCCUCGCGGCGGGCGGCGAACGCAGCUUGGACAGUUACGCGGCCUGGACGUCGCACAUGAUGAGCGGUCCAUGUUCGCGGCUUCUGCUGCACGGUGAAGAGGCGGGAACCGCGUCGCCGCUUGCUAGGUCGAGCGAGUCGACGACGUUGAAGAGCGCGGCCGAAGAACAGCAGCAGCCUUCGCCGCCGGCGUCCGUCGCAACCGAGAACAGCAGAAGCGUCGUCAAGUGGGACACUGCCCUCGGCCCCCAGAUCGAGGAUGAUGCGUCCGGAUGGAAGCUACUACAGGUGUUCCAGGGCCUCCACAUGCAAACGGCUAUCGAAGUGAGCCAACUACAGAAGGCCCCCUCGCACCCAAACUCCCGCUCCGAGCGCCUCCUUGAGGUUCGCGGCGUCCUCAAGGCGACGCAUAGCAGCGCGUCGCUGCAGCCGAGCCCGCGAGGCCAGCGUGAGAGCCCUACCACCCGCCGCUUGUCGCUGACCUCGAUGGACCACGACACCUCGUUGGCGGCGACCCUGAACUCCGGCCUGGCGACGCGCAGGCCUAUCAUGUGCGACUCGGCAAGGCGCAGGGCGGCCGGCCGCAACGAGAACGGCACCGACGGGCGUCGCAUCGUCAUAGCCUCGCAGACCUACCACGACGCGGCCUCCAGCUUCCUCGACUCCGGAGACGAGCAAGUCUCUUCCUCCAUACGUCUGCGAGCACUGAUCCUGGCGGUUAGGCCCGUGUUCAUCGCAGGCACCGCGUACACCGCCAUUUUCGGGAACCUCAUAAGCUUCAACACGUUGCCCGCCCGCCAUGCCGUCCUGGUCAACCUCGGCUGCAACGCCGAUCAGUGCGCCGUAGGCUGGUGGAGCUGGGCGGCUGUGGCGCUGCCCGUGGCCCUCGCAUGCUGCCUCGUCUGCUGGGUCUACGCCUACUUUGCCAGCCUGGCCAGCUCCGACGACGAAAUUGAGGAGCAGACGCACGCGGACAUGUCCAACUGCGCUCGUGUGCGCCUGCGCACCAUGAAGCGGCACACGGUGCGAGAAACGCUGCUCAUCUACUGGCUGAUCGGAAUCCCACUCACGUACGGGGCUUACGUCGUCCGACAUCCUGAAAGCUACCUGGAGGGGCCCCUGUUUGGGCUGUGCGUGGUGGGAAUGAGCAUGAUGCCGGGACUGACGUGCACGCACUACUGGUCGCACCGCAUGCUCUGCUGGAGUACCAUCUGCUCUCGCAUGCCUUGGAACGUCGUCAUCAUGUGCGGCUGCAUCAUGGCUCUCACCAGGGUCGUCGAGCGAUACCGGCUCGUCCAGACCCUCCUGGACCAGCUGGACGACCAGUUCUGGAAGGGACGCUCGGCCAAGGCGAACCAGUUCAUCCUGUCCAGCAUGGCGGCCCUGUUGUCCGAGAUGAUCGUCGGUGACACGCUCGGCGAGGUGCUCACGCCGGUCGUCGUGCGCGUGGCUGUGGUGACGAAUGCUCCCGCGUCGUUCUACGUGGUUCCGGUCAACCUGGCCGCCUCCAUCAACGUGAUGUUGCCCGUCUCGCUGCCGCUACUCAUCAUGCGCGAAUACCUCAACAUCGCGUGCGUCAAGAUGGUUGCUUACGGCGUCUUCCUCAAGUGCACAGCCGUGAUCGUCAUAGUCACCUCCAUGAACACCCUGGGCACGAUCUUCUUCGACGGCGAGACGCUAGCCAACAACCAGGUUGCAGCAGUCAGUAUAGUCAACGCCACGCAUCUAGGAGCGGGCUGGGUGCAGUGAUCUUUUUUCGCAGCGGCAUCCUGAAGUCCUCGCCGAAAUCAAUGGCACGUGCUUCGUGUUCCACACUGAGCGGCGUAGAGGGAGGAUGCUGCUACUUCUGUACGCUAUCUUGGGCAGCGUAUGUUGUGUAUUAUUCAUUGUAUAUUUUCGUACGAUGUGCCAAGGCGACUGCCACCUGGACAUUAUCUUGGUACUGGUGCUUAAGGAUGUGACUGGUGGAUACCUUUAAUCUAAUAGUGUGUUCGAACAAUUACUGCCAACUUGCGUAUUUUCCGUGGUAUCUAAGCUGUUUGUAACGACACCGCGUCAUAUCGUUGAACUCAGCAUUGUGAUUAAAUUGUGCCAGUAGUCGACGUAGAUUCGCGUUUCUAUUGCUCUUUGUUCAUUAUUAUCACAAUCACACUGACUUGUACGAUCUCUGCGCGUCACUCAUGCUCCGCAAGGCAAGCGAAGAAGUUUGUGCCCGUCAGGUCUUAAUCAAUCGUGCACCGUGUACAAGGCCUUUCGCAGGACAAAGUAUCGAAGUUUGAAGCAAACGGACAACAUGCUUACCGUGCACGCUCAUAUGUCGACGCUCUUUGAGCACAUCAGCAGCGAACGCUCAGCAGCGCUCAGUGUCUCAGCAGCGAACGCAGACUUUGGCCAUUAUGAGCAGAGAUUUAGGGUGAUGGCGACAUCAAACAAGUUUUCUUCCUUGCAUUGAUUAAAGUUGUCUGAUUGCCUGCGA